AUGGGGAAUCCCACCUUGCGCCCUUCAGUCUCUUGGUCUGUUUUUGGCAUCCUUCCAAUCAUUUAUGCCCUGUGCUUUUUUGUUUCCUCCGCCUAUGCCAUUAGCGGGAAUGAGACGGACAGAUUGGCCUUGCUUGAAUUCAAGGCUAAGAUAAUCGAUAAAUCCGUCAUGAUUUUCGGUUCAUGGAAUGAAAACGUCCACUUCUGUCAAUGGUAUGGAGUUACUUGUGGUCGUCGACACCAAAGAGUCACACAGUUGCACCUAAAAUCUCAGAAACUCGUGGGAUCUGUAUCAGCUUUCAUUGGAAAUUUGAGCUUUCUAAGGUCUCUAAGUCUCUCAUACAAUAGUUUGAGUCAUGAAAUCCCUCCAGAACUAGGCCGUUUGCAUAGAUUGCAGUACCUAGAUUUGUACAAUAAUUCAUUUGGUGGUAGAAUUCCUACCAAUAUAUCCAGUUGUUCAAGUCUCGAAGUUCUGUAUCUUGGUAGGAACCAACUGGUUGGCGAAAUUCCGGUCGCGCUUAACUCCUUGUCAAAGCUCCGAACAUUUUCUGUAGAUUACAACAUAUUAACGGGAAGAAUCCCUACAUUUCUUGGGAACCUGUCAUCCCUUGAGGCACUUUCAGCAACAUCCAAUAAUCUGGGUGGGAGUAUCCCUGAUGUUCUGGGACAACUUAUGAAUCUUGAAAAUUUUUUUAUUGGUGGAAAUCGGCUUUCUGGUACCAUCCCGCCUUCAAUCUUCAAUCUCUCUUCCAUUAGAGAGUUUGACGUGGGACUUAAUCAUCAAAUCCAAGGGAGUCUUCCGAUGGACUUGGGCACAACUCUUUCUAAUCUUCAAAGUUUUUCCAUUGGAUCUAACCAAUUUACUGGAACCAUUCCUCCUUCAAUAUCCAAUGCCUCAAACAUGGACAGACUUCAGUUCCAACAAAACAAACUUACCGGACGUGUUCCUUCUUUGGAAAAUCUGCGUAGGCUUCGAAUUUUGAGCAUUGCCGAUAACCACCUGGGAAGCGAGGGAACUGAUGACUUGAAUUUUCUUUGCUCAUUGACCAAUGCCACCAGCUUGGAGGUGUUGAAUAUAAAUAUCAACAAUUUUGGUGGAAUCUUACCGGAAUGCAUUGGUAACUUCUCAUCUACUCUCAAAGUAUUGUUCAUGGAUAACAAUAAUAUAAUUGGAAAGAUUCCAAGCGGGAUUGGAAAUCUUGUCAACUUAUAUAACCUCAAGAUGUGGAAUAAUCAAUUGUCCGGUAACAUUCCUACUAGUAUUGGAAAGCUUCAGAGGCUAGAGGAAUUGUCUAUUUCUGGAAACAAUCUCUCAGGCAAUAUCCCAGACUCUCUUGGAAAUCUAACUAUGUUAUCUGGUCUACGAUUACCGGACAACAAUCUUCAAGGAAGCAUCCCUUCAAGUCUUGGAAAAUGUCAAUUUUUGUCAUUUUUAGAUCUUUCUGAAAACAAUUUGAGUGGUACCAUACCACCUCAAGUCAUUGGUCUCUCAACCUUGUCAAUUUAUCUUGAUUUGUCCGAAAAUGAUUUCACAGGGACCCUUCCCAUGGAAGUUGGAAAUUUGAAUAACCUAGGUGGAUUGGCUUUCGAACAUAACAGGUUAUCUGGUGAAAUUCCAAGGAGUCUUGGUAGAUGUAUUAAGCUGGAGUUUCUAUACAUCCGAGGAAACUUCUUCCAAGGGGCCGUUUUAUCAACUUUCAGUUCUUUAAGAGGACUUCGACCGUUAGAUCUUUCUCUAAACAAUUUUUCAGGAAAAAUUCCAGAAUUUUUCGUGGGUCUCAACUCGUUGCAGCUUUUGAAUUUAUCUUACAACAAUUUUGAAGGUCUCGUGCCUAUACAUGGUGUUUUCAAGAACUCAAGUGCAGCUUUAGUUGCAGGAAAUACCCAACUGUGUGGGGGAAUCCCCGAGAUGCACUUGCCUAAAUGCAACUUCCAAGAAUCCGAGGAGACAAAGAAAACCUCAACCCUGAAAUUAAUAAUCAUCAUAGUUUGUGGGGUUUCAGGCGUAAUUUCUGUGCUGUCUUUUGUAUUUGUUUGUUGGUUAAGAAAGAAAAGAAAAGAACCGACAUCAAGUGCUUCAGAAAAUUUGCUUUUGAAUAUGUCUUACCAAAGGCUUGUAAAAGCAACUAAUGGUUUUUCUUCUGCAAAUUUGCUUGGUGUGGGUAGUUUUGGAUCCGUGUAUAAAGGAAUCCUCGAUGAUGAGAGUGGAAAUAUAAUUGCUGUCAAGGUGCUCAAUCUUCUGCGCCAUGGAGCUUCUAAGAGCUUUCUUGCUGAGUGUGAGGCCUUGAGAAACAUCAGACAUCGAAAUCUUGUAAAGGUGCUUACAAUCUGUUCAAGUGUAGAUUAUCAUGGCAAUGAUUUCAAGGCUCUAGUUUAUGAGUUCAUGGUCAAUGGGAGUCUUGAGGAUUGGUUGCAUCCUACUUUGAAAGAAGACGAGGCAUAUCACGAACAAAGGAUUCUGAAUCUUUUACAGAGGUUGAAUAUUGCCAUUGAUGUCGCAAGCGCACUAGAAUAUCUCCAUUAUAACUGUGAAACACCAAUUGUUCAUUGUGACCUUAAGCCCAGUAAUGUUCUUCUGGACGAUGAAAUGACUGGACACGUGGGCGACUUUGGGUUAGCAAGGUUCUCUCCUGAAACCACUUAUCAGAACACUUCAACCAAUCAGUCUAGCUCUAUCGGCGUAAGAGGAACUAUUGGUUACACUGCUCCAGAGUAUGGUACAGGAAAUUGGGUGUCUACCUCCGGUGAUGUGUACAGUUAUGGCAUCCUCUUAUUAGAGAUGUUCACUAAGAAGAAACCGACGGAUAACAUGUUCCAAGGCAACUUGAGUCUUAAUGGUUUAGUCAAGGCAGCUUUACCUCAACGAGUUGUGGAGAUUGCGGAUCCAAUCCUUUUCCAGGAAACAGGAGAGCAGACAUCGGACAAUGCUCGUCAAAUCAGCAGUACAAGAAGAAACAAAAUCAAGGAAUGCUUGGUUUUGAUAUUUGGAAUAGGAGUUGCUUGUUCUUCCGAACAUCCAGAAGAACGGAUGAACAUCAGGGAUGCUGUAACCAAACUCCAUUUGGUCAGAAAAAGCUACCUGAAACUGGAACACAUGGAGCCAACCGAUCUACAAAUAGACCCUUGAUGUCCGCAGGUAAUAUUAGUGACUUUCAACAGUUAGGUUAGUACAGGUCGACAAUAAGCUCAAACCAUUUUGCCCUUCGGAUGCGUGGUUAAGAU